CUUAUUUACGUGCAAAUUACAAUUAGAAAACGCGAAACGAGUGAACCGGUAAGGCGUUACGCGUAUUAGCAGCGGAUCACCUAACAUGAAAUCGACAGACAAGCUACCCCACUGUGAAAUGUGAAUCCAAUCCACCACCCGUUUGCAAUCUCUCUUUCUUCCAUUCCUUCUAAGUUACUUCCUAAACACUUUGUAUAUAUAUAUAUAUACAUACACGAUUACAGUUGACAUAUACUCGUUUGAUUUAAUUUUAAGCAAUAAUAUCCUACCUUCCAACAAACGAAUCAAUACAGAUGGGUAAUGGAGAUCUGGAGAGCUGGGGAAGUACAAAGAACAGAGGUGCACCACCACCGGCACCACCGCCGGCGUCUUCUACAUAUCACACUGAAUCAUCGGACAAACAAUGGACUUCAUGGCUCGUUCCUAUGAUUGUUGUUGCAAAUGUGGCUAUGUUUCUUGUCGUCAUGAUUGUUAAUGAUUGUCCCAAGAACCACAAUUCGAGUCUUGAGGGGGAUUGUGUUGCUAAAUUUCUUGGUAGACUAUCUUUUCAGCCUCUUAAAGAGAACCCGCUUUUCGGUCCUUCUUCUUCCACAUUGGAAAAGUUGGGAGCUCUAGAGCGGAGUAAGGUGGUGAAUGGACAUGAAGCAUGGAGACUCAUAUCUUGUAUUUGGUUGCAUGCGGGAGUCGUUCAUCUACUUGCAAACAUGUUAAGCUUGGUUUUCAUCGGGAUUCGCCUCGAACAACAAUUUGGUUUCGUUCGAGUUGGUGUACUCUACAUGUUGGCCGGGAUCGGUGGUAGCACACUAUCUGCACUUUUCAUAACAAGCAACAUCUCCGUUGGGGCUUCCGGUGCUCUAUUUGGACUUCUUGGAGCUAUGUUGUCCGAGCUUCUUACCAAUUGGACUAUUUAUGCUAAUAAGGCGGCGGCUUUGUUUACACUUGUGAUCAUAAUCUUGGUGAAUUUAGCAGUUGGAAUGCUUCCUCAUGUUGACAACUUUGCACAUAUCGGGGGGUUUUUAACGGGUUUCCUCCUUGGAUUUGUACUGCUUAUGAGACCCCAAUUUUCAUGGCAAGAACGCCGCCGUCUUCCUGCUGAUGCUCGUGGCAAGUCCAAGUACACCGUCUAUCAAUAUGUCUUUUGGAUUAUAUCUGCCAUUUUAUUGAUUGUUGGAUUUACGGUGGGACUUGUGAUGCUUUUCAAGGGAGAAAAUGGGAAUGAUCACUGCAGCUGGUGCCAUUACUUGAGCUGUGUUCCUACUUCCAAAUGGCGAUAGGCAGUUACACCCGCCAUAGCAGCCCCACUUUAUCUCCUUCAUUCUCAGAAGGGUUUCGCACACUUCACACUCAUAUUCACCGAAAUGAGACCAUGCAUAACGAUCGUCGUCUUCUUUCUAUUUAUCUCUUAUCAUCUCGUCAAUGGCGGUGUCCAACUUCUCUCCAAAUCGAAGCUUGAAAAAUGCGAAAAGGUUUCUGAAAAUGCUCCUCUUAACUGCACCAAAAAAAUCGUCAUCAAUUUGGCUGUUCCUAGUGAAGCAAGUGGCAACGAAGCGUCGAUUGUGGCCGAAGUGGUGGAGGUGGAGGAAAAAUCGACUGAUAACAUGAGAACUGUUCGAGAACCGCCGGUGAUCACUGUCAAUAAGUCUGCCGCCUAUGCGCAAUAUCACUUGACGUACAUUAGAGAUGUUCCUUAUAAACCUCUAGAGCUGUCUUUUAAGACACGCAAGUGUAGUCGUUAUGCUGGUGCUAAUGUUGUGGGCAUGUGUGAGACGUUAUACGAUGAGCAAGGACAUGCAAUUGAGAACACCCGGCCAAUUUGUUGUCCUUGUGGGGGUCACCGUAGGGUGCCUUCAUCAUGUGGAAAUUUUUUUGAUAAGCUGACCAAAGGGAAGGCCAACACUGCACACUGCCUUCGUUUUCCAGGUGAUUGGUUCCAUGUGUUUGGAAUUGGGCAGCAUUCAAUAGGAUUCACCAUAAGGGUUAAAGUCAAAACAGGGUCUAAAGUCUCUGAAUUAGUUAUCAGUCCUGGGAAUAGAACAGCCCUGUCAAGUGAUAACUUUUUGAGGGCGAAUUUAAUUGGGGACUAUGUUGGAUACAAUGACAUACCUUCUUUUGAGAAUUUCUUUCUUGUUGUUCCAAGACAGGGUAGCCCAGGUCAACCACAAGAUUUAGGAAGGAACAUUUCUAUGUGGAUGCUUCUUGAGAGAGUCAGAUUCACAUUAGAUGGAAAUGAAUGUAAUAAAAUUGGUGUCGGUUAUGAUGCUUUUAAUAACCAGCCAAAUUUCUGUUCUGCUCCUUUUUGGGCUUGUCUGCAAAAUCAGUUGUGGAACUUUUGGGAAGCUGACCAGAACCGAAUCCAACGAAACCUGGUUCCUCUUUAUGGUGUGCAAGGGAGAUUUGAAAGAAUCAAUCAACAUCCAAAUGCAGGAAGUCAAUCGUUCUCAAUUGGGAUCACUGAAGUUCUUAAUUCAAACCUUUUGAUAGAACUUAGUGCUGAUGACAUAGAAUUUGUGUACCAAAGGAGCCCUGGAAAAAUUGAAAGAAUCACAAUCCCAAAUUUUGAGGCUCUUACUCAGUUCGGGACUGCCACAAUCACAGCUAGAAAUAUUGGUGAAGUGGAAGCAUCGUAUAGCUUAACGUUUGAUUGCUCCAUAGGUAUCAGCCAGAUGGAGGAACAAUUUUUCAUUUUGAAGCCAAAAGAAAUGGCAACCAGAUCUUUUAAGGUGUACCCGAUGUCUGAUCAGGCUGCAAGGUAUGCAUGUUCAGCUAUACUGAAGGAUUCUGAUUUUCAAGAAGCUGAUAGAGCAGAGUGCCAGUUUACAACAACAGCCACAAUUCUGGACAAUGGAUCAGUGAUUCCAUGGGAACCACCAAAGCAUGGUUUACAAGGUUUCUUUGAAUCUAUUGAGGAUAUGUUUUUCAAGCUUUGGCAUAGUAUGAUUGAAUUUAUCGCUGGAAAAGCUUGCAGUACAAAAUGCUCUGGGCUUUUUGACUUUCAGUGCCAUAUCCAUUAUCUCUGUCUGAAAUGGGUGUUGAUGUUUGGUUCGGUUUUUGCAAUCUUUCCCACAGUGAUUGUCCUACUGUGGCUUCUACAUGAGAACGGAGUUUUUGAUCCUGUGUAUGACUGGUGGGAAGACCAUUUUUGGGAUGAUGAUCGAAAAGCCCAACAUAUUAGAAACUUGCAACUCCAUUAUAAGAAACAUCAUAAGAAGGAGAAGGAUCCAAAACACCAUAAGGCUCAUGCUCAUAAAAAGGGAAAAAUCAAAUAUCUGGAACACCAACACCAACACCAACACCACCACAGCCACAAUCAUUUUGACCAUGAUCAUCUUCACCAUGUUAAGAAAGAAAAACACAGACAUGGUGAUGAGAUACUCAAGGAACAUCAUAAGGACAAACAUAUUCCAAGGCAUGACAAAGACAAAGCCAAACACCAUAAGCAUAAGAGAAGGAAUUCGAUACCAUGAACCAACUCUUUCUUGUUUGUUG